AGGUGAGUCGGUGUGUUGUGGACUCGUGGUGCUGGCUGCCGCUGUUGAGGCGGCCCAGAACGGGCGGUGGGGAGCGGGCGGAGCUGGUCUUUCGUCGGCCUGGCCAGCGCCGCAGUCGGCGCGGGCCGCGCCCGUCGCCAUAAACUCUCCUGAGCGCCUGCUGAGGCUGGGGGAGACAUCGGGGCCUGCACCUGAAGGGAGCCUGCGGCGCUGGCCCCGAGGAGGGGGCGUUGCCAUGGCGACAGCCUCUCCUGCAGCGGACGGGGGGCGGGGGCGGCCCUGGGAAGGAGGGCUGGUCUCCUGGCCCCCUGCCCCUCCCCUUACGCUCCCCUGGACUUGGAUGGGCCCAAGUUGGGGGCAAUACCCUGGGCAUUGGGGCUUUCCAGCUCUCACAGACCAUUCAGCAUCCCCUGCUGCCAGUCUUGGCAUCUUUGAAGUCCGAAGAGUUUUAGAUGCUUCUGGAUGUUCAAUGCUAGCACCUUUACAGACUGGAGCAGCUCGAUUUUCUUCAUAUUUACUUUCAAGAGCAAGAAAAGUGCUGGGCUCCCACUUAUUUUCUCCCUGUGGUGUUCCGGAGUUCUGCUCCAUAUCCACCAGAAAGCUGGCGGCCCACGGCUUUGGCGCAUCCAUGGCGGCAAUGGUGUCCUUCCCUCCCCAGAGGUAUCACUACUUUUUAGUGCUGGACUUUGAGGCCACGUGCGACAAGCCACAGAUCCAUCCUCAGGAAAUCAUCGAGUUUCCCAUCUUGAAGCUAAAUGGUCGGACCAUGGAGAUUGAGUCUACCUUUCAUAUGUAUGUCCAGCCUGUAGUCCAUCCACAGCUUACCCCCUUCUGUACAGAGCUCACUGGGAUUAUUCAAGCCAUGGUGGAUGGUCAGCCAAGCCUGCAGCAAGUGCUGGAGAGGGUCGAUGAGUGGAUGGCGAAGGAAGGCCUCUUAGAUCCAAACGUCAAGUCAAUUUUUGUCACCUGUGGAGACUGGGACUUAAAAGUCAUGCUCCCAGGCCAGUGCCAGUAUUUGGGCUUGCCAGUAGCAGAUUACUUCAAGCAGUGGAUUAAUCUGAAAAAGGCUUACAGCUUCGCCAUGGGCUGCUGGCCCAAGAAUGGACUUCUAGACAUGAACAAGGGCCUCAGCCUGCAGCACAUAGGUCGACCCCACAGCGGCAUUGAUGACUGCAAAAACAUUGCCAACAUCAUGAAGACACUUGCCUAUCGAGGUUUCAUCUUCAAGCAGACAUCUAAGCCAUUCUGAUUGGCCGAGGACGGGAUGGGGCA